AAAUGGAUGAUCAGCCCAUAGUAUCUCAACCUUUAACCCCAUUACUUGACAAAAGCCAGCACAGCCAGUGACACCUACAAUCACUUCCUCUGUACCCGAGCCCUUUAACAACCGGCUUGAUACGAAGAGCUGACCAACAAAUAUAGCUGACUGCGAUUGAAUCCCUUAGACGACCAGAUAGCCAGCACAGGCGCCCAAUUAGCCAUAGUGUCCGUCACAGAUAGUGAAGACCCCAAUUGAGCUCCUUGAAUUGAUCGAAUCGCCACCGACAAAGGUAUACACGCCUCAAGAUGCCCAAAUACUCGCACGACCCCAACUUGGUGAUUGAGCCCCACCAUUACAGUGGGGGAAUCCCGGUGUUCCAGCCGUCAAUGGCUGAGUUUGAAGACUUCUACAAGUUCAACAAGGCCAUUAAUAAAUAUGGUAUGAAAUCAGGAAUUGUCAAGAUCGUUCCCCCAAAAGAAUGGUCCAGACAGGUGAGUACUUGCUAUACCAAAGAAUCCUUGGAGCUGGUCAAGAUUAAGAAUCCCAUUGUACAGCAAAUUAACUCCACCUGCCCGGGAGUCUUCUCGCUGCAGAAUAUAGAAAAGUUAAGAACAUUCAACAUGUUUCAGUGGAAGGAAGUCUCAGAGAAGACCAACUACCAACCUCCAGCCCCCAAGGGCAAGUCAAGGCAAUCAGUAGUAUCCAGCAAACCAUCAGUUGAUGAUAUAUGUCGAGUGGAUACCUCUGAGUUUACUCCGGAACGUUGUGAAGAAUUAGAGAAAAAUUAUUGGAGAACAUUGACCUAUGCAGAGCCGAUGUAUGGAGCCGAUCUGAUGGGCUCUUUGUUCUCCAGUUCAAUAAAGAGCUGGAACGUCGCUCACCUACCAAACAUCUUAGAUCUUAUGGACGUGAAGUUGCCAGGUGUGAACGAAGCUUACCUCUAUGCUGGACUCUGGAAAGCAAGCUUUGCAUGGCACUUGGAGGACCAGGAUCUUUACUCAAUUAACUACUUGCAUUUCGGGGCCCCUAAGCAGUGGUACCUGAUUCCUCAGGAUGAAGCUCCCAAAUUCUUUGAGUUAAUGAAAGAUACUUUCAAUGAUGAAUAUAAUGUUUGUCACGAGUUCUUAAGACAUAAGACGUUCUUAGUAUCCCCACAGUUCUUGGAUAAACAUGAUGUCAAAUACAAUAAAAUAGUCCAUAAUGAGGGUGAGUUUAUAAUUACUUACCCUUAUGGAUACCAUGCCGGAUUUAACUAUGGAUACAACCUCGCUGAGUCAGUGAAUUUCGCAUUAGAUGACUGGUUUCCUAUUGGCCAAAUCACGAAGAAAUGUGAGUGUAUUCAUGAUUCUGUGGGAAUUAAUGUGAAGCAAAUCAUAUGCAAAUUCCAUGGCAUACCUUACACCGAUGAUGUACUGAGCGAGGCGACUCCAGUACCUGUGAUGCCUACAGAAACUCCGAAGAGGAGAAUUCUGAAUCCACAGAAAAACGCACAGAAAAAGAAGCAAAGAGUUGCAGAAGAUUUCACGGAAGCUCCUCUGGAAAGUGAAUGUUACUUGUGUCCCAACUCUUAUGCCCAGUCUGCAAUUGGAAAACACCCGUUCUUUGAGUUGUACCAAACAGACUUGUUGGACAAGGAAGGAUCUCCGUAUCGGGUACAUAAGAUAUGUGUCAGCAUGUUUCCUGACCAGUUGCGGGCCUCACGAAAUGGAGAUGGCUCUGUUUUAGUGACGGGGGUUGGCAAAAUUUCCAAGAAUCAGAAGAAAUUGAAGUGUUUGGUAUGCAGAAGGGGCUCAUCUAAAGGUAAUGUACACGAUUCAGGAGCAUGCUUCCAAUGCACACACCCCAAGUGUACCAGGUCCUUCCAUGGAACGUGUGGCAUUAGCGGUGGAGUGUCUUUGAACUUCGAAGAAUCCAGAUUUUUGUGCAGAUUUCAUAGACCAAAGUCCAGUGAGUCGCUUGAGCAAGACAUGAUGAGAAUACCUAUGCAUUCAUGGAUUCAAUUUGCUUUCAACAACAAUUUGUAUUCGGGCAUUGUUUUGAGCAACAACAGCAGUGAGAGUACGUUCAAAGUGAUGAUCUAUCCUUCUUUCACAGAUGUAUUGGAGAUUCCGUACCAAUCUGUCUUUCCAGGGGUGGUUCCAGUCAACACCCUUCACAUGGACGAGAGAAUUUUGGAUCCAGUCAGAAAGAGAGCUUCUGAUUCGGCCAUAUCUUACACAAACUUGCCACAGACACAAGAGCACGGGCCCAAGGGUAACUACACAGCGUCGAUGACCAACCGGCCAGAAGCUCCAGUGUACCCAAAAAUGGGUAUUUUCAGGGAACUGCGUGUAAUCCACCCCACCAGAAAAGUUAACGUGCCGAUUGGAGACAAGAACAGCCUCACUGUAAAUAACGAGCUCUCCGGACUUACAUCUGGUGGUCGUUGAAGCGGCCCACCCCAGGUAUAUUUAUGCUAAUGACUAACGAACCAUUAUUCG